AUGGCAUACGAACCACGCGGCGAGCGCGACUUUGGAGGCCAAGGAGGCGGCGGUGGAGGAGCAGGAGCUGGAGCAGGAGCUGGAGCUGGAGCAGGUAGCGGCUAUGAGGGAGUGUUUAUUCGGGGAAGAGGCAGAAGACCUAUCACUGAUUAUGGCUCUACUAUGGUGCACUGGAUGCGGAAUCGGCAACCGAGAUUCAAGGGCGGAUACCAAGGAGAGAUGGAGAGACCGAGUGCCAGUUAUAUCAUUGAUAUGAUACCACCGCUGGCGAGAGUGAACGAACCAGCUGAUUCUAUACCCGCCCGUCAUCUCCAUACCUCACUGAACAAGAACAAACACCCGGUCAAUGUCGUCCGCUGGACACCAGAAGGCCGGAGACUACUGACCGGAUCCAGCAGUGGCGAAUUCACGUUGUGGAAUGGAACCGGUUUCAACUUCGAGACUAUCAUGCAAGCACAUGAUGUAGCCAUCCGAGCCCUGUGUUAUUCUCACAACAACGACUGGCUGAUAUCAGCCGACCACGACGGAGUGAUCAAGUACUGGCAGCCGAAUUUCAACAACGUCAAAGUCAUUCAGGGGCAUGUCGAUGCGAUCCGAGAUAUGGCUUUCAGUCCCAAUGACUCGAAAUUCGUUACUGCUGCCGACGAUUCGAGCUUGAAGAUCUUCGACUUUGCCCUGGGGACAGAGGAAGCACUCCUCGCUGGUAGUGGCAACGGUGGGCAUGGCUGGGACGUAAAGAGCGUGGACUGGCACCCUACCAAAGGUUUACUGGUUUCGGGAUCAAAAGACCAUCUGAUGAAGCUUUGGGAUCCUCGUACUAGCCGGUGCCUAACCACGCUCCACGGCCACAAGAACACUAUCACCAAAACGCUCUUCGAGAGCGUCCGCGGCAACUGCGUGGCGUCCUCCGCCCGUGACCAAACAGCCCGCAUCUUUGACCUGCGCAUGAUGCGCGAUAUCCUCCUCUUGAAAGGCCACGAGAAGGAAAUAACCACCCUAACAUGGCACCCUAUCCAUUCAAACAUGCUCUCCACAGGCGGUGGUGACGGCACCAUCUUCCACUACCUCCUCGAUGAGCCCAACACGCCGUCUGACACCGUACCCACCCUCGCACCCUGGGACGCGGCAAAUCCUUCGACAGCAGUAGCCCAAACCAUCUUCGCUGCGCACAAAAUCGGCCACGCCCACGAAUACCCCAUCUGGUCCAUGGACUGGCAUCCCGUCGGCCACUUGCUCGCAACAGGCUCCAACGACCGCACCACGAAAUUCUGGACCCGUGCUCGCCCUGGAGAUACCGAUAUUUCCAAUGACAGACACCACAUUGGCGAGUCCGCCGCCGAGGCUCAAGGAACCUGGGACCGCCGCGGUGGUCGUCGCCAGCGCCAGGAAGAAGAAGAGCAGGAGAUGUACGACGAAACAGACGGUCUCAUCGACCAGAAAAUGCCAUCCAAACUUCCCCCGGGCAUCCCCGGCCUGCCUCUGCCGGGACAGAAUCAAAUCAUCCCAGGUAUGGGCAAUGCGCCACCGCCGUCUAUGCAUCAUUUCCAGCCGCCUUCCCAGAUCCCGUAUGGAGGAGUGCCGCCCCUGCCUCCAAGACUCGAUAUGCAGAACCCACCUGAUUUCGCAGCCAUAGCGGAAAUGAUGCAGAAAGCCGGGAUCCCACCGCCAGUCCAUGGACAAGUGCCGCCUCCCCCUCCCCCGGGCAUGAUGAUUCCAGGCAUGCCGCCCCCGCCUGGGUUUCCCCUCCCUCAUGGAUUCGGGCCUCCGGGAAUAGGACAGCAGCAGCAGUCGCAGCCACAGAUACAGCCGCAGCCACCGUACCAGAUUCCAGGCAUGGGAGGGAACGGUGCUGGGUAUCCCGAGGAUAACGGUAGUAGGCAGGGGAGUGAGCAGGCGCAAGCUGGUGGUGCCGGAUCGGUGAGGAGAAGGGGGCCGCUGCCGAGUCAGGAGGAGAGUUUGCAAAUGGAGCAGAGGAGGGGCAAGUUCACUCGUGCUAGAUAG